UAAAGGGCUUGAACGGGAAUCCAACCACUCUGAUUUUGUGUUGGACACAACCAUGCACCAAACCUCCAGAUGAUAAGGGAGCUGAAACCCCAUUUACUCAGCAAUUGGAUCAGGCGGCUCCACGCUCCACCAUCCACUUCGCCCCUUCUCAAGAAUGGACAAUCCAACGACGACUACCUGGUCUCUCUCUGCAAGCGACGUCUCUACAGGGAAGCUGUUGAAGCAUUUGACACCUUGCAAAAGGCCCCGAGUUCUCGGGUAAGUACCAAGGCCUGUGUUGGUUUGCUCUGCGCUUGUUCUAGUCUGAAGUCUUUGAAGUAUGGCCGCCGAGUUCAUGAUCACAUUCGAGCUUCCAGAAUUCAAACGGACGUUGUACUGGACAACCAUAUCAUCAACAUGUAUGGGAAAUGCGGGUCGAUGGUGGAUGCGAGGGAGGUGUUUGAUGAAAUGCGCCACAGGAAUGUGGUUUCUUGGACUUCCCUCAUUGCUGGAUACUCACAGAAUGGUCAGAAUUUCGAUGCUCUUCAACUAUACUUUGAAAUGUUGCAGUCGGGUUUUUGGCCCGACCACUUCACUUUUGGGAGUGUAUUGAAGGCUUGUUCCGGGUUGGGAGGUGUCAGCUUAGGGAUGCAACUGCAUGCCCAUGUUGUGAAAUCAGAGUUUGGCUCUCACCUUAUAUCGCAGAAUGCUCUUAUAGCAAUGUACACCAAGUUCGAUAAAAUCGGUGAUGCGUGUAGUGUAUUUAGCCGCAUAGAAGAGAAGGAUUUGAUUUCGUGGAGCUCAAUAAUUGCAGGUUUUUCCCAACUCAAUGACGAACUACAAGCCCUGUGCUACUUCAAGGAAAUGCUUUGUCAGGGUGUAUAUCAGCCAAAUGAAUUUACAUUUGGCAGUGUUUCCAGGGCUUGCGGGAGCCUGCUACAACCGGAGAUUGGAAGACAGAUCCACGGGAUUUGCAUAAAGUUUGGAUUUGCGAGAAACAAAUUUGCAGGAUGUGCCCUUUGUGACAUGUAUGCUAAAUUUGGCCUCUUGGGUGCGGCAAAGAUUGUGUUUCGUCAGAUAGAAACACCUGACUUGAUAUCUUGGAAUGCAGCUAUUGCUGGAUUUGCUACUAAUGGUCAUUCCAAUGAGACGAUACCGUAUUUUAAUCAAAUGAGGCGUUUAAAUUUGCAUCCUGAUGAUAUCACUGUCCGCUCCUUACUCUGUGCUUGUAUGAGUCCUUCAUCACACCAGCAAGGUAAGCAAAUGCACUCGUAUAUUAUCAAAAUGGCAUUUGUUCUAGAUAUUUCAGUGUGUAAUGCGUUAGUUACCAUGUAUGCAAAAUGCUCCAAUCUCAUGGAAGCAUUUAAGGCAUUUGGAGAUAUGAGGCACCAUGAUGAUCUCGUUUCGUGGAAUGCAAUUCUUGUUGCAUGUGUGCAUCACAAAGAGCCUAUGGACGUGUUCAGAUUGUUUAAACUGUUGCUUGUUUCUGAAGUGAAGCCUGACUAUAUCACUUUAACUACCAUGAUCGGGGCUUACACUGAAAUGGCAUCUCUAGAAAUGGGAAACCAGGUUCAUUGCUAUGCAAUGAAAACCGGGCUGGUUCUUGAUGUUUCUGUUGCAAAUGCGCUGAUUGACAUGUAUAUGAAGUGUGGAUCCCUUGAAAUUGCACGUAGUCUCUUCGAUUCUAUUGGGAAUCCUGAUGUCAUCUCAUGGAGUUCUCUAAUUGUGGGGUAUGCUCAGUUUGGACACGCGGAGGAAGCUCUUAAGCUUUAUGAAAUGAUGAGAAGCCUUGGAGUUAAGCCAAAUGAGGUAACAAUUGUUGGGGUGCUUACUGCUUGCAGUCAUGUCGGACUAGUGGAGGAAGGGUGGGAAUUAUACAAAACCAUGGAACUGGAACAUGGGAUUUUACCUACUAAAGAGCAUUCUGCAUGUGUGGUUGACUUGCUUGCUCGUGCUGGUCACUUAUAUGAAGCAAAAGAUUUUAUCAAACAAAUGGAAGACACUCCUGACAUUGUGGUAUGGAAAGCUCUGUUAGCUGCCUCUAAAACACAUAUGAAUCUUGAAAUUGGAAGAUGGGCCGCGGAGAAUCUCCUGAAGCUAGAUCCCCUUAAUGCUACUGCUCAUGUGUUGCUUUGCAGUAUAUAUGCUUCUACUGGCCAUUGGGACGAUGUCGGAAGAUUAAGGAACUUGAUGAGGGAACUUGGUGUCAGCAAAGUUCCAGGUCAAAGUUGGAUUGAAAUUAAAAGUAGAGUUCAUGCUUUCUUGGCUGAUGAUAAUCUGCAUCCUGAAAGAGAGAAAAUAUACCAAGUGAUGGGGGAACUAUGGUUACAACUGCUAGAUCAUCAUUACAUUCCAUUCCAAAAUCAGGUGCUAAGCAGAUUGAGUUGAAGAAAAUCAAUGCAAAUGUGCACCUUUACUACCCAGAAUUGCAUAUAGGAUUCCCGGUUCAUUAUUGUUCCUGGUAAAGGACUUGCCUGACUGCUGCAGUAUUUACUAGAUGGAUUGAAACUUACAGGUCCCAUCAAGAAACAGAUAAUAGAAUGUACUGGAAUGAAAUAAGUUAUCCAUUCAUAAUGUUUGCUUUUAUAGGCUCCAAUGGGAAGCAUCUAAAAACUUAAGAGGAGGCUACUGGAGAAAAUGUGGCCUUGGCAGAGUUGCCCACCGAGGUAAUCUCCAAGAUACUUUUGAGACCGCCAGUGAAGACGCUGUUGAUUCAAGUGCAUUUUCCUGGUAGUCCAUCAUUAAAAACCGGUCACCGAGUUGCUUCAGCCACGUCAGCCGCAGGCACUUCAGCUUAGACCAUCAAACUGGAUUCACUGCUCCCUCGAGCAAACUGGACCAGGCUAUCAACUUGACCGUGGAGGAUUCGCAAAACAUCAAUGACUUAAUUUGCUUCGAAAUUGGGGAUCUUUCAUACCUAUGCAACAUCAGCACCAGAGAGGUCAAGGCCCUUCCGCCUACCGGUCCUGAUUUCCCCAUCCAUUUGCACCAUAACAUCUGGAGCUUCGGCGUCUUGGGCUUUGAUCCUGUCACAGAACAGCACAAAGUCAUCAAGACAUGGGUUCUGAAUGCCCCACAACCAUUCAGGUGAAGUCAUCACUGCAAACAAGAUUCUGACAUUGGGAACCAGUUAAUGGAGGAAAAUUGGUAGUAGCACUAUUGAGUUUCCUUUGGCAGAUAGCGUUUGCUUCAACAGAGCUAUUCAUUCCCUGACGCUUGACCUGAUGAGCUAUAAAAUACUUGUGGUGUUUGAUGUUGGGACCGAGAAGUUUAGGACGAUAAGAUUUCCAGAUGGUGCCUUGAAUCAGGUGCAUAGGCCUGAAUUUGAUACCAUUCAUAGGCCAUCUGAUAGUGUUAGACUAUGAGCAUCUUGAGGAUGGAAACAUCAUGUUAUUGUAUGUACUAGAGGAUUAUGCAUGUUAAGUUUGAACAAACGUCAAAUCGUGCUACCCCUUAGUUGGAAAGAGGAUCAACUGCAUUCUCGGCGGUUUCUCGUCGUUAGCAUCUGUGCCGGAGAACUCUUUCUUGCUCCGAACGUUACAACUGGUGAAGUGUACUUGCUGUCUUAUGAUGUAGAGAAUGGGACUCUAAAGAGGUCCAAGUCCGUGGUCUCCGCAAAUCUCUAUUGAGGAGUUCUGUGAUCAUCACUUGUGCACUCAUUGGAUUCGUGCAUAGCAUUUUGGCUUUGAGUAAGGUUUGCUUGUAAAGCUGUCGCACAAACCUUUCUUCUAUAUAAUAGCAGUGUAGGCAAAUAGCAUUACUGCAUACAUUUGACUGUAAGAUGUCAUUUCUGGGUUAUGGUCUUCUAAGGAAUGCCUCUUUGACACUUGCAGCUGGUUUGCAUAUGUUAGAAGUAUACUGUAUAUAACUGGCUCUUUGUCCACCUUCUGUUUCAUCAAGUAUUAUUUUCCUUCUUUCACUCUGAUAAAUGCAUUCACAUGUAUCGGGUGGCUGACCCACAAGUAAUGAACAAUUGGCUGACCCACCACCAAUUGUUCACAUUAUGCUCAGUUGGCUUCUCAUGUUAGGAUUUCUCCAAUUUUCAUUUCUCAGUAGGCUCCUGAAAUAUUUUGACUAAAUCCAUUGGGAACAACUAAAAUGAUUGAGGGAAAUUUUGAUGGGUAGGUGCUGAAAUAACUCUUCCAGUAGAAAGUGAAUUUGUUUCAUUCGACUGGGUUUGAAUAACCCCUAUCUCUUCUAAAUUGAAUGCAUUAUUCAUCAAAGCUCUCACAACCAAUUUAGAAGCUCUUUCCUGUUUAGUCUUAAAGUGAAAUGAGAUCAUCUAUCUGCGCAAUAUGCCCUAAUUAUUAAGCAUUGAACUUCGUUAUCAUUUUGUUAUAUCUUGCUAUCUAGAAAGAUCCCUGCAAUUUUCUGCUGAUUGUUGUUGUCAUCAUUACCUGUCUAGCUAUUACAUUCAUGUGCACUGUGCAUCUGCUGGUGUGUAUUGUAUUUUUUUAGGAUUAGUGAGUAAAAAGCCUCUAUUAUAUAUUACAGUGUGUCGGUAGAGCGUUACCACUGCUUCGAACUAGGUUGAUUAUGUGAAGCUAAAACAUUGCCAACCUAAUCCAUGACUUGUCUCAGUUUAUAUCAGUAAUAUACCAAGACCGCUGUAUAGAUUGCACGCUUUUUCUCCCUCCCAAGAAGCCUAAAGCAGAAAGUGCAGCCGGUAACGUGGCUGGUUCAAUUAGUAUGAUCAUCAAU